GGGAAAUCGCGCUUUCUACCCAACCAUCCCGCUGACAGCUUGCGGCUUUAUCCACACUCCUCCGCACCGCGGCCCGCCCACCAUUUUUCUUCGCCUUCACUAGCAUCGUUGACACCGCCGGCGACAAUGGCUUCGUCUAUGCUCUUCCGCUCAACGCUGCCCCGAACCUUUGCUUCCUGCGACUGGACGUAAUGUCUUGCGAUCUGCAUUGCAAGUGAGAGCAAGCUCGACCGCCCAAUAUGUGCCAGGUGGACGGCACAGUCAACGACCCUAUCGAGUUCCCUCCCUCAUCAAGAACGCAUGGCUCGUAUCACUGGGCAUUCGAGCGACUUCUUGCGGCCUCCCUCGUACCCAUGACCGCAGCAGCUUUUGUGACCUCCGGGUCAUCCUACCCAGUCCUCGACGGAUUGCUUGGUCUCAGCUUAGUGAUGCACUCUCAUAUUGGGUUCGACUCAAUGAUUGUGGACUACCUGCACAAACGCAAAUUUCCCAUCCUUAGCCCUAUCACGACCUGGACACUGAGGACAAUGACAGUUGGCGUACUUGUCGGCAUUUAUCAGUUCAAUACAAAUGAUAUUGGUUUGACGGAGCUGAUUGCGAAGGUCUGGACAGCGUAAGAUUAUAUACAGAUUACAUCGAGAGACAAGAAAUCGCGAAUUAAGUUACCUACUCGACUGUCCUUCAAAGCUCCCAUUAUCCGAGCUUC